AAAAACAUGCGCACAUGCGUGGAGGCACGCGCGUGUUUCUAUGUCACGCACCAGCAGGAGGAAAUGCUGCUUUAGAAACACGAAGGAGCUGCGAGGAGACCACCUCAUUCCUGUGGAGAAGCAGUGUACCCGAUGGGCGGCGGAGCCACCCGGCUGUGCACCACCCUGAUUCAGACCUUCAACAGCAGCGGCGCUCCUCUUCCUCUCUCCUCAUCCUACCUGGACUCCCACCAGCCCACAAUCACAAACCUGGAUCCAGAUUUCUGCCUGAAGGGCUCCUCUGUGUGCCCCCCUGACCCCGUGGAGCUCCUUCAUCAGUGCGAGGAGGCCCUCAGGGACCGACCACCUCGGUUCCUCAGGAGCUUUGUUCACCUCCCUGAUGGGAACGGAAACAGCGCCCCCUGCAGCCCCAUCAGGGUGAUGCAGUGGAACAUCCUCGCCCAAGCUUUGGGUGUAGGCGUGGACAGUUUUGCUCAGUGUCCUCUGGAGGCCCUCAGCUGGUCCCACAGGAAGUUCCUGAUCCUGGAGGAGAUCCUCACCUACCGACCUCACAUCCUGUGCAUGCAGGAAGUCGACCACUUCUACGACACCUUCCAGCCCAUUCUGGCAGGUUUGGGCUACGGCAGUCAGUUCUGCCCCAAACCCUGGUCCCCGUGCCUGGAUGUGGAAGGCAACACCGGCCCCGACGGCUGCGCCCUGUUCUUCGACGAGUCCCGGUUCGAGCUCCUGGACAGCGUGAACAUCCAGCUCUCGGCUAAGAUGAUCCCGACUAAUCAGGUCGCCGUGGUGAUGACUCUGCGUUGCCGCAGUACGAGGAGGUGCAUGUGUGUGGCCGUGACCCACCUGAAGGCUCGAUCCGGCUGGGAGUGGCUCCGCAGCGCCCAAGGAUCCGAUCUCCUGUGGCAUCUUCAGAAUCUGGUCCAGACGCUCGUCGGCCGCGGCUCCGACGUUAAAAUACCUCUGCUCAUCUGCGGGGACUUUAAUGCGGUGCCGGCUGAGGAGGUGUACCGGCGUUUCACGACGUCUCCUCUUGGUUUGGACUCCGCCUACAAGAAGCUGAGUCAGGACGGCCUGACGGAGCCGGAGUACACGACGUGGAAGAUCCGAGCCACGGGGGAGUGCUGCACCACCCUGGACUACAUCUGGUACACCAAGGACACGCUGAGGGUGGACGCUGUUUUAAACAUGCCCAACGAGGAGCAAAUUGGACCCAACAGGCUUCCAUCCUUUCACUAUCCAUCAGACCACCUGUCUCUGGUUUGUGACUUCAGCUUUAGGCAAUAAAAAGGAAGUCUGGAUCCUUCGGAGUCGAGGUUUGCUUCACUCCAUAGGAAGACGAGCAGUCAGGACGUUUCGCUUGAGUGAAACGAUUAAGAAACUUUUUUUUUUUACACCCUGAAGCCAGAGUGUAAAGUUUUGGUUACUGUGACUCAAGUGUUUAACUCGAGGUACUCUGGUUGCGGACCGACACUGCCGAAGUCUUCCGUCAUGAACCUCUCUCACCAGACUGCUGCGUUGCACCUUCAGCUGCGCCCAAAGUGCACAAAAACGGACUCCUUUGUAGUAAAUAAUCCUAAAAAAUAAAACUGUAAAAGCAAAAAAUGCAUCAUGUUACAAGAAUGGUUGAAAUGGUGGUUGAACAUUUUUAUUACUAUUUUUUUUUACUUUAAAUUAUGUACUCUUCCCAUUUUGUCCACGUGUCAAAAAGUCAAUUUCAUCAAACUU